UAUAACAUAUUCUUUCAUUUGAUCAUAAACUGCCUGUGACUGCGAAUAUGCUUAAAGUUGUGUGUAUUGUUCUUUGGAUUUUCAUACGUGUUAAUGAUUCAAGUGAUACAUGUACCUUUAGUGUAUUUUGUGAUUAUGGAGAUGAUGAAGAACCUGUUGAUGGCUCUCAAACUUGUAAGAACAUUCAAAAGAGGACCUUUGAGGAACUACUGUUGAUUAAAAAUGCUGCAUACAUCAGAGACCUUACUGUUAACAAUUGUCUAAAGGACUUAAAAUCAGAAAUUUUUAAUAAUAUUGUUAACCUGAAUGAACUAAACUUAGAAAACAACGAUAUUGCUGAAGUAUCCGUGAAUUGUUUCAACAUGACAACACUGGUAACACUAAAAAUGACAAAUUCCAAAAUUAAAACCAUAGAAGGAAAGCUGGGCAACUUACCCCAGCUGCUGAGGUUAGUACUGAACAACAAUAAGCUAACUGAUUUUUCGUCGGAAAUUCUGAGCCAUCCUGAGACUUUAAGAUAUUUAAACUUGCAAAACAAUAAGCUCACAAUUUUGACCUACAAUAUGUUUAACGGCUUGAAAAACCUGAAUGCUCUGAACCUGGCCCAUAACAAAAUCAACCUGAUCGAAGCAGAUGCAUUUUCCGAUUUGGCUCGACUUAACUCCAUAACACUGACGGGGAAUAACAUACAAACUUUAACAGGCAACGAAUUACCCAAAUGUGGAUUUAAAUAUUUAAGACAUCUGUAUAUAGGCAGCAACAGGUUGAUGUUCUUGUCUCCAACUUUUUUGUCCAAAUUAGGAACGGACGUGGACAUUGAAAUUGGUGGCAAUCCAUGGCACUGUCGAUGUUUGGAGACCAUGAUGGAGUAUUUGAGAACCAGAAAAAUGUCUGUAUCAUUCUGUGACGAAUUGUUGAUAGCAAGACCUGACACACCUUACUGCAUCCAACCAUCAGACAGUUGUAAUUAUGAAUAUGAUUUGUCCAUUGUACAUAAAUAUUUGAACGAAAUGAAGACGAAGCAAAUCAUAAACCAUAAGAAUUGCUUAGUAAGCAUUUUAGCUUUUGUUCGAGCUGGUUAAUUCUGCUGUUAAAUUUCACAAUAUUUUUAAUGAUUAACAUAAAAUAAAGAUUUAUUAAAGGA